AUGCCUCUGCGAGUGAAGUUGCUGGAUCCGACGGUUACCCUUGCCGGCCAUGGGGUUGUGUCAGACUCAGCAUUUCCUGUGUCUGGGAACGUGCACUUCCAUCGCAUCAAGCAUCAUUUGGACUUCUUGGACAAGUUCGUCGCGGACACGAACAAGAAGUCACAUUACACCAAUGUGCACUUCACCAAGAACCCAUCGAUUGCCCCGUACCGUCCGAGCAUGUUCGCGGAUAUGUGUGACGACAACCACGACGAGUACACACGGCGCACUGGCAUAGUGCUCCACUCGUCUCCGCAUUUUGAACGUCCCACACAAUCUUCUGUUUUUGACUUGAUGCGUGAGCAUAAUAUCUCGAAUGAUGUUGCUAUCAUUCUCAUGUUGGACUCCGUUGUCAAGAAGCGUGGUGGGGAUGUCCGUCAGCUCUUUGUGCACCAUGCUCUGCGUUGUGCCACGGAACAAGAAGCGAUGGAAAGCCAAAAUGAGGAAGUGGCGCCGCCCGUUACAACGAAGUCAUUGACGUCCAAACAAAAGGCAGCCAAGCGCAAUGUGGCGGCAGCGGCGAAGCGUAGCAGCAAGAAGUAG